AUGACCACAACGCCAGGAGGACGCAUGGUGUUGGUUAGAUAUUGCCUUUUUCUUAGGAUAUGGGCUCUGCUGCUCCUCUCCCUCACAUCCCGUUAUUCCUUAGCAGCGCCACUGAGGGCCACGCCUGCGCGGCGUCACGAAUCUGCUAAUGCCGUUCAAGCGGUAUCAUCUCUCCUUGACGAUGACACCGACCAAACAACUGUUACCUUUACGGGAUGGAGUCCAAGCAAAGCCAGCCUCAACGUAACGGGUAUUUUGCCGUCAGCGGUAUCGAUGGGUCGUUAUGUUCUUAUCGUUGGAGGUACCCGGCUCGUUCGGCCCUUCACAUCGGCAGAGAACUUCGUCCGGUAUUACGCACUUACCACGAUCAGUGCUUUGGAUAUAACUACCGAGACAUUUGUGACACCCAUGAUGUUUCAAGAUAAUGCAACAUUUGCACACGACGGUAGUGGUAGUGAAACUUUUCACGGGAGAACCAAAGGGGACGUGCGCGUGCCGGCGAAGUUGCACUUUCCGGCUGUCGGAACAUCAAACGCAGUUCGGCUGGGAUCGACAGUGUACGUUAUUGGCUUCUGUACAAUGCUUCCCUAUGGUGUUCGUCCUGGUCGCGGGCAAACAAUCAAUGCAACUCUUCGAUCUGUCCAAGUAAUUAGGUUGUACCAACAGCAGUUCCCUCCAGUGGAUGAUCUCUCAAUGGAUAUACAACACAUUUCGAUUCCCGACACCGCAACACUUCGCUUCAACGCUAGUUGUGUGGGGAAUGGCAAUGGUACAAUUUAUAUCGUAGGUGGUGUAUCGUUAAUAGAUGGUAACCCCAUGACGUCCGUUUCACAGUUCAACACAGUUACUGGACAAUUUGUCGACGCUGGUUGGGGGUUGGGCACCUCACUUAUUACACCGGGCGUGGUAGACAACAGUGAGCUUGUGUUUAUUGGAGGGGGCUGCCGUGACUACAGAGGCUGGCCAGAAUACAACGACAACGUGUAUGUUGUGGACCCCACAUACUUCACGGCAGAUGUUGGUCAGUUCGACUCUGAGUUGUUAGACUGGUUGUCGCCGCAGCUCAUGAUAUACAAUCGAACGUUGGCAAUGAUUGCGGCAACAUAUCGACGUUCUUUCGAUCGACUGGAGUCAUGGGUGGACCUCUCAGGGCCGGGUAGUGACGCGACAGAUGUGAUGAUUGGUUUUGCACCGCUGCGUACCAACGCCGUUAUUGCUUCCGUACCAAAUGCCGACGGCAUGUCACUCUAUCUCAUAGGCGGGCAAAUACCCCCACCGGAUGGGACGGGUAUUUCACGCGAUCUCUUCACCGGUAACGUGCAUGUUGCAGACGGUCAUGCUGAUGUGACGGUGCAGGGAUUUAACUACAUUUCAGUGGCAGAUGACGCGACACACCGGCAAAUGUUAGGAAUAGCGCGCAGUGGGGAAGGAGGCCAAAUAGUAGAGGCCAAAUUUUCGAAAGGAGAUACGACAGAGGUGGACAGUAUAUCACAUACGGGGCAGAGUGUUCUCGACGACCCAUUUCAUGACGAGGAGCAACCAACAGCUAAUGCAACAAUGCACGAUCAACCAACGCCCCCUCCGGCGGACUUGCCAAAUAAAGACGGAAACUGGACAGUGCACGUAAACGGGUAUAAGCCACUGUGGUAUAAUUUCACGUUUGCAAUCCUUUUGUCGGAACAGAUUUCAACUGCCUGUCAGGGCAUCAAUGCUACAGGGGAAGUGAGCGGCAAUCUAACAUCAUCAACAUGUUUGUUGCGGCUUUCCGAUUCGCCUGCGUGCAACUCUGUAUUGUUAAACUUGGGGAAUUUGUCAUUCGCCAAUACUUGGCCCUACGUAGUAAAUAUGACUGACCCGGGCAAGAACGUCUCCGCGGUCGUGAACACCGUUGCCGUGGGUCCGAUCACUCUCACUGGCUCCCUCAUAAACGGUAUACAUAAUAUCACCACUCCUUACAUAAACACCAGCACCACACAUCGAGAUGAAUUUGUGUUUCAUCCCCGACCAACGCAAAGAAGUUUCGGUAAUGAUACAGAUAAUGUGUUUUACGAGCAGUUGUUUGUUUAUGUCUGCUUCUCCACUGGAGCGGCCACCGUCCAGCGGUGUAACGAGAGGGCGGUGCAUGAAUCAUCCUCAUCAAUGUUAAGGGCGCCACACGUACCGCUGGGCGCGAUGGAUGCGCAUCAAGGACCGUGUACUACUGGUUUCUACCGACCACUAAAUGCAAACGACCCAUUUGUUCUUUCCCCUGUAACUCAUUGGGUACCGGAUCCACCAGGUCCUCAGCCGGUGCCGCCACCAGCUGUUGAACCACUUUACCUUGUUGGUGUGGCAGUAGGAUGUGGUGUGAGUUUAGUGCUGUGGAGUGCUAGCAUGAUAAGUUAUGCUAUAAGGCACAAACAUGGUAAGGAAGUUGAUGUGACUGUAGUCGAAGGAUGUUUCUCGGAGGACGAAUCUGGUGACUACGAUGACGAAAAUGAUGAUAAGAGCAGACAUCGCCGAGGUUUCGGUCCAGGUGCUGCUCUUCCGGUGCACCAGAAACAAAGUUUGCUGGAUGGAAAAUACCGGGUACUGCGCCGCCUCGGUAGGGGUGGAUUCUCCGUAGUGUACCUUGUGGAACGAGUGAUGGAUGGAGAACGAUUCGCAUUGAAGUACGUUCAAUGUGCCGAUGACAUGGAUCGUCACGAGGCCAUGCGAGAGUGUGAGGUCGCUUACACCCUUCAAGGGCACCCAAAUGUGAUAUGCCUCGUUGACAUGUUCAUGUCCUAUCGGUUUGAUACCCAUCUACCGACCUCCGACGGCGUUGAUGGGAGGAAAGGCGCGUAUCGACGUCAGUGUCGCGGUGAGCUGCUGCUACACGAUCCCACUCGCAUUCACCGUGUAGGCAGCGGUGAUGAAUCAGAAUCCCACGUACCAUCACACCGCCCCCAGGCGGGGGAGCGGUACUUAUCACUUGUAAUGGCUUAUCAUGAGAGGGGGGACUUGGGUAUGUGGGUGCGGCAACAAAAGUCAGAACCAAAGAUUCCUGAAAAGACAGUGGUGAGCAUUGCAUUUCAGAUACUAACGGUUCUGCAGUUCAUGCACCAACAAAAACCGCCAAUCAUUCACCGUGACUUAAAGCCAGAAAACAUUCUUCUCGAUUCGUCGCCUGCUGUGAAAAGGGGGAGGAACCGGGAUAGAUAUGACAGGGUAGAUUGGAGUUCGAAGAACAGCAGCGGAAGAAUCGGCACCGGCGCCUCAGAGGAGACGCUGCGCAUUGUUGUGACAGACUUUGGACUUUCGCGUGUGAUGGACAAGACCUUCUGCGAAACGGGCGUCGGUUCGCUGCCGUAUGUGGCACCGGAGUGUUGGCAGCGACACUACUCCACAAAGGUGGAUAUUUGGGCCACCGGGUGCAUUCUUUACGCCGUAUGCGCAAAGCGCGUAGAAAGUGACAAUGUAAAAGUUAUGUUUAGCGAGUCCAACAAACCAGACUUCAAAAAGAAGUUGCUGGAAGAAUUAACACAGGUAUACGGGUAUAGUAUGGCACUUGCGGCCUUCAUUGUUUAUCUUUUGGAGCCAGAUCCAGCUCGCCGGCCAAGUGCUGAGGAAGCCCUGAGAUUUAUUCGCAGGCGUCGUAAGGGUACGGAUGGCCUGACGGAAGAGGCUGCGAUGGUUACGGUGUAUAAGGGGGACGAUGAUGUUGCGAGUGGAUGCAGUGAUGAGGAAGGAAAUGGAGCAGAAGGUGGAAUAAUGCAUGACGAUUCCUAUAAACAGUUGGUGGCUGCGACGUCUGAGGAAGUCAGUGGAUACGGAGGUGAAUCGAGGGCACCGGUAAGUGGUCAAGGAUCUGAUGUAGUCUGCGGGACGCUGAAAUCUACAAGUUUCUCUACGCACCGCAGUGGGGCCACAGUUGAAGUUGUUACACCGUCUGGAGGGGCCGGUGAAGGAUUCGGACUAAAUAGUCCCCCACCAAAAGCGGUAGAGUCACAAAAUAUGCCUCCCAUUACUAGUUUCUCCCAUGGAUCACACGCUGAUUCAAGCCAGGGCAUGCGACAGGAACACCAUAAUACGAUGGACGUUCCUCCGGUUGCUCGGGCACACAAACUAGGCUCCCCAAAUGGUAGAAGGAGUCGCCGAUUGCAGGUGCUCCAACAGUAUUUCGAAACUGUCGCAGAGGAGGGUGAGCAGUGCGAAUUUUUUAUUGCACGAGAGUCUCCUUCACUUGUUGCAACUUCUCUUAAUUCAUCGAAAAGGGAAUCUCCGGUGCCACUGACAGUUUCCAAAAACGUUUGA